AUGAUCACGCCGGCUAAGAAGCGGGGACAAGACCAAAGGAGAGGGCGCCAUCGCUGUCAACAACUUCGUCGUCUCCCCGAAGGCACGGCCGACAGCCUCUACUACACAACCUACGACGAAGCCGACAACAAGGUGCUCAUCCCCAUUAUCGAUGCCUCUAGCGGCAACAUUGCCCGCGAUCUCGCCAAUCUGAGCGACAGCUCCACCGCCCCCCGCUCUGAGCUUGAAGUCGCCCCGGCCAAGUCCGUCAAGCGCCAGAGGUCUGGCUGUGGCACCCGCUACAACCUCCGCCAUGGCGACUGCGACCUCGCGUACGAGAGACUCAAGGAUACCUGCGGCAAUGGUAUUGUUAUCGGUAAGAACAGUGCUAUUUCUGCCGUUGCAGGCAGUGUCGUUUCGUACAUGUGUACUUAUAGCAACCGUGAUGGUGUUUGA